AUGCUCAACUGGGCGUUACCCGCCCUCCUCCUUCUCCUCGCCGGCGUCAUCUGGCGCGUCGUCACAGCAAAGCGGCUGCCGGCUGGUCUCACAACUGCGCCUUGGGCGCCAGGUGGGAUCCCUAUCCUCGGCCAUGCGCUGAGGUACAGGACCAACCCGGCGGCCUUCCUCUCCUCUUCGUGCGCCAGCGUUGGCCCCGUCUUCCGUCUGAAUCUGGCUGGAAAGCGCAUGGUGGUCGUCGGACCAGACAGCGCAGUCAUCAAGGAAGUCGCGACGGCAUCCGAGUCGAUCCUGUCGGCGCGGAGGGCGGUGGCGGAAAUUGGCUUCAACGAGACGCUGGGCAGCCUCAACGUCUAUUUUGGCACGGACCUCCACAAGCGCUGGAUCAAGGAGACGUACGGUCGCUCGAGCGUGAACGCGCCGCCUCCCUUCGCGCCGCCGACCUGUUCGGCCUAG